GGAACGAGCGACGAUGACGCGCACGGACGGGCAUGGCAACAUGGCGCCUGUGUGGUUAAGGGUUGGGCCUGUUUAUAGUUUAAUAUCUGUUAAAACAAGAACUUGUUAUGCAGUUUUUAAUGUUGCAAAUAGAUAAUGCAAUCAUUUAGAAUGUUUAACGUGUAAAACGUGCCCUCGUUUGUAAAUUGAGGCAGAUUUUGGAGUCGGGCAAAGCCUGGGCCACUAUUCCAGUGCCGGACACUUGGGACCAAUUCAUUGUUUUUGUGGCUGGCGGGCACCAGGAGGGAGCGAAAAGACAACUUUACAGCAAACUGAAAACCAGCAAGACUUCAGCACAGUGUUUUCAUUGAUAAAGGCUUGACGUGGUCUCAAGCAGCGAGGCUGCCACCAUGAAUCGGCUGAUAACAUUCACACACGCACAGGAGAAGGCAGACCGCUGGCUGAGCAGAGAGAGAGAUGAGAGAAAGGCUGGGAAUGUAGAGGGGAGCGGGCUGAGUGGAGAGGAGGCGAAAUGCUUCUACGAGACUCUGCUGCAGACUGCAGAGGAGAAGGGGGGAGGGCCCAGUAGCUGCAGCUCCACCCAGAGGAAAGCCAGGCUGGUCAAGAGAAAGAGGAGAGAGGAACCCAGGCAGCACUCGAGCACAACCAACACAUCGCGCCCUACUGGGGGGCAGGCCGCAGACCGAAACGGGCACCAGAUGCUCAAGUGUGCUCAGAAUGGGGACUUGAAGUGCCUGAGUGGGUUAGUGGAGAAACAGGGCUGUGAUGUAAACUUCUGGGACAGUUAUUACUGGACUGCCAUGAUGUGUGCCGCCUAUGCUGGGCACUGCCAGGUGGUGCAGUACCUUCUCCAGCAGGGGGCAGCCUGGGUGGGUGUGGUUGAGACACAGGGGCGCGAUGCCAUGGACCUGGCAGAGGAAGCAGGGCACACCGAGGUAGUGAGAGCGCUGCAGGACUUCAGAGCGAUAUCGGAGGAGCAGACAGCAAACCACAGGCGUUCAGCCACAGUGAAGCGGUGGUGUGCUGUGUGUCGGAUGGAGUACAGCGAGGACAGUGUGGAGCAGCACGAGAGGUCAACUGUGCAUUUGUUCAGCCAGGGCAGCACACCCGCGCCCACCUACUACUGCCUGCCAGAGAACAACGUGGGCUUCCGACUAAUGGUGCGAGAAGGCUGGGACCCCGAAUCCGGGCUGGGGCCUGCCGGGAAGGGCCGCAAGUUCCCAGUGAAGACGGUCCUGAAGCGUGAUCAGAAGGGGCUGGGCUUCCAGACCAACCUGAAAGCCAAGGUGACUCACUUCAGCGCUCGAGACACGCAGGCUGUGGAGAGAGCCCCCGGAGGCAAGGCAGGGCGCACAGAGAGGGUGGCCACGGUCAGCAAGAAGGAGGAGAGGAGGAGAGAGGAGAGAGAGAAAGACUGGGAGAGAGACCUCCGCACCUACAUGAAUCUGUGAACUGAAUCCAGGCUGGUGUGCAUCUGAAACAAAUGCACUGACUGAAUUUUUAUAUUGAAAGGCACAAGGUGCGCAAAAAUGACAUUUGUACAUUUAUACUGGGGAUAUGUAUAGAGGUGGGUAGGAUUUCUUUAUUUCUCGACUUCACACAAUACCUUGUGUCGUGAUUUUUCUUAUGAAUACUUGAAACUUGUGCAGAACAGAAUGUACAAAUCUAUUUUUCAUCCUUAACCCAAUAAAAAAAAAAAAAAAAAA